AUGUGGCGACCCUUAAAUGGUCCUGUCGAGGACCAUCCUAUGACUGUGUGUGAUGGUCGAAACAUCGAUCCAUCCGAGCUAGUCGCAAGCGACAUGAUCCGCGGUAACUACACAGGAUCACUUUUAUAUCCGUUGUAUGAGCCAAAAAAGACUCGUCAGUGGUAUUAUAUGAGCAAGCAGAAUGUUGAAGACGUGCUGCUGUUCAAGAGUUUUGAUUCAAAGGAGGGAAUGGUGAAACGUGAGUGA